UAAUUAAAGACAUGAUUGGUCGGUUUAGUCCUUGUCGAUCAAUGUAAUGUGACACAAGUUCAUAAAAGUAAAAGCUAUAAAUGCUCUCCGGGAGAAGUCGAAGUACCGGCUAUAUUAAAUAUGAAUUGUCAAACGGAGAGUUAAUUGUUUUGAAAGACCUCGGCAUGGUUAUUAUAAAUUUGAUUGUCCCUGUUAUGUGAAAUACUUUAAUACUGGAUUUUUAACAUUAGCUGUUUAUAAAAAGAACAAAAUUAAUGCGCCAUGAAAACAGCCAUGAACAUUUAUUUUUCGGUAUUGAAUGCGUUAUUUUGUCCUGUUUUAAUUUUGUCUGACUGCGGAACCUACAAUCAAUUUAUUUUGAAAACAGAGGAAGGAAAAAGACUCAAUGCAACUUUUCAUACCGCAAACAAAUAUGGGAAAAACACAUGUAUAUCACAUUGCGUCCGGAACACAGCUUGUAGAUCAGUAAAUUAUAGCAGAAAACUCUUGGUGUGUGAGCUUAAUUUUGUGGACGACAAUGAUUAUCCAUUGAUGCUGAAAUCCGACAGCAAUUUUCAAUAUUUUCUUAUUGACAAGAAGAACACUACUUCAGAAUCUAUGGCUCAACAACCACAAUGCCUGAAAGAAUACCAGGAAUGCUUUAUAACACAAAUAGGAGCAAGAGCUUGCCUUCCCUUUUACAAUAUCAAAGCAGCCAGUUCUGUGAAUGCUGCACUUGGGAAGACUGUUUAUUCGUCCUCUGGUUCUGAUACCAGUUAUGUAACUAACGGACAAAAAACGUUAGAGGGGAGUGAAACAGAUCACGCGAGACCAUGGUUCAUACUCGACUUAGGACGAGUGUACGAGAUAAACCAGAUAAAGACGUACAAAUAUCAUGAUUCAGCCACAUGUGUUAACUUUGACGUCAGAAUAGGAUUAACAACAAACGUUUCUGAGAUGGCAUACUGUAACUCCGGCAGUCAGAUCCAGAAUGUAAUAAUUGUUUGUCCCCGGUGCCUGGUGGGACAAUUUAUACAACUACAGAUGAAUGCAUAUGAUAACACAAAUUGUCACUUUCAUAUCAGUGAACUUGAGGUCUUUGCGCAUGCUCAUAAUUUUUGAGAUUACAUGUAUAUAUCAUAUUUGAAAUGUAUUUGGUUACAAAUUCGACGGUUAACAGGAUUUUUAAAAAAUUAAUGACUCUUGUUUCAUCCUCAAAGAUUAUAAA